UCAGCUGAUAGGUGAACUACCUGACGUCAAAUCAUAGUAUCGGAAAAACUAUGAUCUGUCAGUUGUCACCAAGCGAAUAACUUGUUUUUAACUGUUUAUUUUCUUCAAAGAAUAUUGAAGACAUAUGGGAAAAAUCAAUUUACAAAUUAAAGCUACCCUCGAGGGUAUUGAAGAGUUGUUUACCAAUCAUCCAGAUUAUAACUUUCUAGUAAAGAUAAAAUGUACUAGCUGUGGUGAAGAAUCUAAUAAGUGGCAUGACAUUUCUGAAAAUACUAAGUAUCCUGGAAAAACUGGAAAAUCGGAAAAUAAUUUUAUAGCAAAAUGUCGACUAUGUGGACGAGAAAAUUCUCUCGAUAUUGUUCCUGGUAGUAAUGGUAAAUACACAAAUGAAGAUGUGGGCAAAUUCAAAACUCUUGUAACCUUUGAAUGCAGAGGAAUAGAACCAUUUGAAUUUACACCAGGUGAAGGUUGGCUAGCUAAAGCUGAAGAAAGUGGAAAAGUGUUUGAUAAUAUUAAUUUGACUGAAAAGGAAUGGGUAGAAUAUGAUGAAAAAAGUAUGCAAUCUAUUGGGAUAUAUGAGUUUGAAUCUAAAUUCGUUCCAGCUAAAUAAGUGUUCAAUUUAUCUUAUGGCAAAUUUCAAUAUGUUAAUUUAAAUAAAAUUUCCUUACUGUGUUUAUAUUCAAUUAAAAUGGUAACCAACUUUUAGUAUAACAAAUAGUAUCAUGAAUUAUAGCUUUAAUAAAUAUUACUCAAUAUUUGGUUUGGUUACUAAGUUUUUUGUCAAUAAACUAGGUACAAUUAUGUCAUGUUCUAUUCUUCUUGACAACUAUAUCUAAGGAUGAAAACAAUGGUGACAUGUGGUAAAAAAUUUUAGGCACUUUGCAAUGUUUCCAAUAUGCAAGUUCAACAACAAAAUAAACUUUUGCGAAAAAUGUUAAUAGAGGAGACAUAUAAUGACAUUAUAACAGGCUACAUAAUUUUACUACCAAGUGAAUAAAUUAUAUUUAAAGACUCAUUUUUAAACAUAUUGUGAUGUAAGUAUUUUUUAUAAUGUCCAUACAAAUUUAUCAAGUUUACGUUUAAAAGCUGACGCAAUUCAUUCAGUUGAAUUCGAAGCCCCAAUAUUUUUUCAAAUUUUAUUCAACUAUUGCAAAGGACACUUAAUAAGGAACCUAUAGACAGAAAAUUAUUCAAGUUUCAUCAUUCCAUAAUUCACACAUCUGUGUACACAAUGUCACAUCUUUGAUCUUUGCAUAUAUAUAAUAAUUAUACCUGUUACAAGAAACACAUUUUAUUUCUUUGUUUUGUUCACCACAGACAAUUUUUUUGAUAUAUCAUCCUUACUCGAAUGAAUGAUGUACUUCAAGUAUUAGAGCUAGUCAUUCAGGCUAAAAUCCAUAUUUACAAUAAUAUUUAUAUAUACACUCAACAAUUCUAGACAUAUUUAUGAAGGGGAUAAUUAAAAUGUAUUACUUCUAAAUUUUAAGAUAUAAAAAUUUGAAAACAUUGUGGGGCUUUGAAUUUAUAAAGAACAUCACAAUUUUUUGUCAAUAGAUUACUUAUCAAGUGUCCUUUGAAAUAGUUAAAAAAAAAUUGGAAAAAUUUUGGGUCAUCUUCAAUUUUUUGUGGUAAAAUUAUGUAGCCUAUAAUAAUGUCUCCUCUAUUGACAUUUUUUUGCAAAAGUUUAGUAUAUUUUGUAUUAUUGGUAGAAAUCCGUGGAUAACUUCACGCAGGUCAUUACAGAACACCUAAAAUGUUUUACCGUAUUUAGGUUUGUCAAAUUUUCAUUGAUUUUAUUGCAACAUAUGGCAUAGAAAAAGGAGAAUUAUUAAUUUCUUCAAUUAUUUGUUCAUAACAUCAACGGGCACGUUCAGUAUUUCUUUGGAAGUUUAUUGGAAUAUAGAAGAAUUUUUUAGAUACUUACAGAAUUCCAUCUAACUGAGCUAAUAAAUUUUUAAGUUCAAGAAAUAUGCCAUGAUUAUCAAAGUAUCACUUUCAUUAAAUCUGUGGAGAGCCAAUUCAAAGCCCCACAAAAUUUAACAUAGUUUCUUACAUAUUCUCAUUAUGCCCAUUAUUAAAUUAGAAUCUGAUUGAGCCAUAACAUUGUUUUAUUCUAAUAACACUUGUUCCGUGCAAUUAUGAAGAUGGCUUUUGAAGUUUCUGUGUCUUUAUAUUUAAACUUAAGGGCUUUAGAUUGCUGACUCCUAUUUCUAUCCAAACUUAAUCGCCACUUGAAAGUAAACAGUUUAAAUAUUGGUAUAUUCACACACAGAUAUACCACCACUUCAUAGUGAUUCUUGAUUAGCCAGUGUAUGUUUAUCAAUUGAACUCAUCCUGCAUUAGUUCAAAUUGUGUUUUUGAAGGUGUGUUUACAUUUGAUUUAUAAAUGAGAUGAUUAACAUUUGGGUUUGAAACUGAACAUAGUGGGGAUUUUUGGUGAGUUCUUUAUUACGUUCGACGGCCUAUUACCCUAAUUUUUUCUCUACCGGGGGAGCUAGUCUAGUCUAAUGUAUUUCAAAUGUAUCUAUGUAACAAAAUCAACUUUGCUGAACGUCUUGACGUUUUAUUAAAUUAUCGGAAGUAAUAAAUUAACAAAACAGUCAAAGGAAUUUAUAAAAAUAAUUCAUUAUUAGACUACUUUAUAUAACACCCUGUAACAAUAAAAUCUAUACUAUAAUAAAACUGAAGAAUCGGCGUGUCUGUCCAUUGUUUUGUUUUUCAAAAAAAUAAUUGUAGGUGAUAAAGGAAGUGUAGCUGAACACAAAAAUACAAAUUGGUGUAAGAAUUUUCCACCUAUGUAACAUCGGGUUAAAUAUUAUUGUAAACUGCCAUCUACACAUUAUGUUACACUUUGGUCGCUUUCAGCGCUACUGCUACAUAUUGGUAACAGUAACGAUCCGCUAGAGUUGUACAACGUUUUCGUCCGCUGAUUAUGACCAUUAUGACGUUAUUGGGUUAAGAGAGACUGCACUCGACAUUUCGUCUCCAGUAUUUCGAUAGUAAUGAAAUUGAUGAAAAGCAGUGAUUCGUACCUCCAAACUAUUCAAAUUUUUUGCUCAAAUUCAAGGUUAUUACGGGCAAUCUUGAUUAAUCGUGGUUCACUCGGAGGGCUAUUAAGUACGUUAUCCUUUAUUUUUCACGAUUUGGAAAAUUAGUAAACUAGCUAAUCACUCUCCUACCUUUCUCCAUUUUAUAGCUCAAUUUCGAACCCAUAAUAAAGUUUUAUUUCUAUUUGUUAUUUUUUCAAUCCACUCUAUUAUGCCGUCCCUCUGCAUUUGACAUCGAGUUACGACAUCGGCAGAGGAAAUGCUCGAUCGUAUCUUCUUCUCCAUUACAUUCUUGAAAAUAUGAUUAAAUUGGAAAAUUAGUUAAAGGGAAAGUAGAUAGGAAUUGAUUACGAUGCUUCCGAGGUAAGAAAACUUUUUUUAUCACAAAAAUUAUAUUUUUACCUGACUAAUCUGUCAUCAAUUUUUUGCUCCAGUUAUUUAGAUUAUUUCUUACCACAUUGCACAUGCAAUACCCAAAACUAUAUAAUAUAUUAAUAUUUGUAAUAGUUGGUUGGAACUGCUAUCGAAGGAAUAAACUAAGGGAAUUGAAAUGAAACUUAUUUAAUUCUGAAAUCUAAUGGUUAUUGUGUAUAUCCAAAUUAUAUCCCCAUACAUUUUCACAAUAAAUACAGAAGAAGUGUAAUAAAGUUAUUCUUUAUUAUGUGUAAUUGAUUACAAAUAGAAAACUGAAAGUCU